UUACAAAAUUUUGAAUACUGAAAUUACAAAAAUUAUAGAAUGACACAUUAAAAUAUUCAAAAUACUGAAAUAAAAUUGAUUAAUGUUGAUAAAAAGAUGGAACUCGCCCGCACAACGUGCGGGUUCAAUGCUAGUAAGUACUAUAAAUGCUUUUCAUACUCCUUGAUAAUCUGUAUAUCCACGAAGUAAAAUGAAACUGUCACUCUCCUUCUUGUGGACUAGCUAACACACAUCGUAUCAAUGAACCAUGUAUAUCCAUGUGGACGUGUUUGUUCUUGCUUUCAUUUUUCUUGCCUUAUUAACCUCCUAUUUUUCAACUCGCAGAGAAACAAUCUUGACACCAAAAUAUCUACAAUCCGACCGACGACCCAUCCUCCUACUAUGGGUGCAUGAAAGACAAGUACUCCACAGGCAGUGUAGGCCAGCUGACCUUCAUUCUUGGGACUACAGCAUAUAUGCCAUUAUUCACUCGAAAGUUGUUCCUUCCAAAAGUAAUUGGAGAAAGAAAAAAAAAAACUGGCUUUGUCAAUACGUCUAUCUUGGUCGUGUUGCUCAAUCCUCCCGUGAGAUGUGGGGCUACCAAAAAAAAAAAAAAAAAGGCUAGCUAGCUAGCUUGAAAAGGAUGAAUUCCUUCACCUAGUCCACUCAACUGAAUAUCUUCUCAUUUGUAACAAAGAAGCUAAGAUCUUUUUAUCACCACUUGGGUCGAUGCCCUCUUCAUCACAGCUCCCAGUUGACACUUUUUGUUUAGCUGGCAUUUUGUCUUCGCUAGAAUUUGUCAUUUAUUUCCACCCAUGUGCUGUAACUGGACCACAAGAUUAAAACCAGACCAGAACAAACUUUUUCACAAUUAUCAUUUCUCAAUCAUCUCUCUUCCCAGUCCCAAUCCCACCUCCCCCCCCAGCUUCACUCAUUGAUGAUCUCAGUUUAUCUCUAGUUGUUUUUGCAGUGAUUAAGUUAUCGAUCGGGCAUGGCCAAAAUGGUAAAAGAUGAUCGGAGGUAAUCGGAUUUGAUGUCGUUUGUGGAGAAUGUCAGUACUCGGGAUGAGUGGUGCGAGUUUAGGCUAAUCACAAGUAAACAUUGUCGAGCAUAUGGACAAUGGGAGUCGGACCUUUAUCUUAGUUUUUAUGAAGAAAUCCUUGUCAUGAAAAGAUCUAGUCGCUAAGUUUCCUUGCUACAUUAUCCCUAUCUAAUAAUGGAUACAUGCUCCUUGGAGAUUAACAUUGAUAAUGUAUAGUAUGAGAGUGUAUCUAUGUGGCAAACCACUUAUAACAUCAUGACCGCCACUCUGAUGUAGCAAAGCUAUAACGAGAUGUUCAUGUUUUACUAGCUAGGAUUCGAGUUUUAACGCAGAAGGGGGCACGUGCACCCGUUUCACAUUCAGAGCUACUAAUUCAUAACAAAAGUUGAUACAGAUGGUAACAUUGCAAGCUCUUUAGAAAAUUUAUAUUGUUCACAUAUAUUGUGAGAUGUGCGAGUAAUCAUUUAAGAAACCACUUAUCGUAUUUGACGAUUUAAUGCUAUAACCAUAUAUUACCGUAACAUUAUACAUGGUUCAUGAGAGUGAAAACCCCUGAUAAUAAUUUGGUGCAUUAGAAUGUAUUUGCACCCCAAAAGAAAGCUACCAAUCUAUCAACAGUCCUACAAACACCCUGUCAGUUUUUCCUCAUCACAGUGGGAUUAGGACUUGUCAUAAUUAUCCUGAUGGGACCAGGAUUAGCUUUCUCGCACAAAAUUUUCCCAUCAUCAUCGAGUCACAUUAAGCACUAAUCAUGUAAAAAAGCUGGUUCUUGUUUGUCUUUGUGGAAUUUAAGAAGGGCAUGGGCUAGCUCACACAUAAGAAUGGCCAACUAGCUAGCAAAAGAAUUUCUAUGGUCCUCCUGUCCCCAUUUCCAAACCUAACCUUACCCAAAACAGUUCUAUAUAAACCCACCUCGAACUCAAUGAAGAAACACCAUUCUACAAAUACUAUACUCACAUUCUUUCCCUAGGUAAAAUAAAGUAAAAAUGUUGCACAUCCUCUUCCUCUUCGCUCUGGUACUCACCCCAGCUUCCCACGCAGCAGACUUCUGCGUGGCAAAGUUGAAAGGCGCGGGAGGCGUGGCAGGGUACGCCUGCAGGGACCCUGCCAAGGUCACCGCCGCGGACUUCGUGUUCAAGGGCAUCGUCACCAGCGGCAACACCACGAACAUCAUCAACGCGGCGGUGACCCCUGUCUUCGUGCAGCAGUUCCCAGCCCUGAACGGGCUGGGCCUGUCCACGGCUAGGCUCGACCUGGCCCCCGGAGGGGUCAUCCCGUUGCACACCCACCCCGCGGCCAACGAGAUUCUCGUCGUGACCUCCGGGGUCAUCAAGGCCGGGUUCAUCACCUCCUCGUCGAACAAGGUGUACAUCGCGACCGUGACCAAGGGACAGGUGAUGGUUUUCCCACAAGGGUUGUUGCACUUCCAGCUUAACGCUGGCAAGACGGCUGCUAGUGCUGUGGUGACCUUCAACAGCCCUGAACCUGGACUGCAGAUUCUUGACUUUGCGUUGUUUGCCAAUGACUUUCCUACUGAGUUGAUUACGGGGACUACUUUCCUUGAACCUGCAGUAGUGAAGAAGCUUAAGGGUGUCCUUGGUGGUACUAAUUAAUUGAUGAAUUAGGGAGUGUUUGGUUUCUUCCAAGCCUGCUCAUGUUUUUUCGAUUAUGUAAUUUGAGUUAUGAAUUGAUGUGGUGACUUUGUGAUUCUGAGUUUGUGGGGUUUUAUCUUCUUUUUUUUUCCAGGGUAAUUUGUGUUAGUAUGAGUUAUCAAUGUGGUAGCUAGCAGUGUACGUAAUUCUGGAUUGUGAAGAUUUUUCGUUAUUAUCCAUGUUUUGUAUUUGCGAGGAACAUUUUAUGUGAUUCAUUAUCACUUGAAUUCUUCAUAAUGACAUGAAUAAAUGUUAUUACAAAGAAAAGGUAAAUUUGACUCGUGAUAAAAAAAAAGUGUAUCCAAGCAUAUAAAUUGUAGUUUAGUUCUAGGUUAAUGGUCUUUUUUUUUUCUUUCCAAAAGAUCACUCUUACUGAGAAAUCCAGAUACAAAAAGUCACACGGCCGAAAACAACCAAGAAACAAAAUCGAACCCUCCUAAAUGAGGGGACAACGAAAGAGCUUUUCUUGCCACCAAAUGAGCAACACUGUUACAAUCCCUACCAACAAACCGAAUAUCAAACACAAAAAACGAGCCCGUCAAGCUUCUAAUUUCUUCCAAUACUGUGCCACCCUGAACACCAUCAACUUGACCUUCUCGAAUCCUUCCAAUCACCACCUGGACAUCAUCAGCAAAGAUGACAGAAUGAAGUCCCCAUGCCAAACACCAACGAAUUGCAUCCCGAAAAGCUAACAGCUCCACCAGGGAGGGAUAAAAAAUCCCAUGUACAAGGCUGCUGAAGCCGCCACCGCCACCGCCAGGUUAAUGGUCUUGAUAAGAUAUUUUAUUCAAUCCUAUUAAGAUAUCUUCUUAAAAUUACAAAUGAGAUUAAAAAAACAGAAUACUUCAAAGAGAGUCACUAUUUUAUCUCUCACUUUUUGUUGCCAUAUUGCAAGAGUACAAUUUAUUAUCAUGGUUUUUAGGAGAAAAUGAUGGCUUGACAAUCACAUAAAGUUGGAAGGGACACUAUUGUUUGUAAAUUUUGAUUAAAGGGAAGCUGACGGGAAGAUGAAUUGCUUGUUAUGUUGAGAUUGUCUUUCAUGAUUUACCAAAUCAUGAGUUUAUACGUCAAUUUUUCUUAUACAAUUCUAAGAAAAGUAGUUUCAAUUGCACAACAAAACUCAUACAAGAAAAAUAAUAAUAUGAAUAAUCAAAAUUCACAUGCUUGAAACCACAUCUUCAAAGGAUAAAGUGUGUGAGUGUCACAUUGAUCCAAUUUUCUGACCUUUUCCUCCUUACCCUUCCAAAGGGGGCAUGGCCAUGGAGCCCUAGGGGGACCAAUUUGUUAUUCCAGUUUCCUUAUUCAUUCCAAUUUUUAAAUUAACAGGAAAUAAAAUAAUAGGGUAAGGGAUAAAUUAAAUGUCUUGUUUGGAUGAUAAUGAAGAAAAACGGGUUAAUUGCAUGGUUGGUCACUGAGAUUACAAAAAAUGUUCAAGUUUGGUCACUCGAAAUAUUUAAAUCCAUGGGUGGUACUUCAGUUUACUGAAACCGUUCACGUUUGGUCACUCUCCGUCCAACUCCGUUAAUUUUUGCUGAUGUGGCAGUCAACUCUCAAAGUUGACCAUUAACUUAAUGACGUGGCAAUUAAAAAUUAUUAAAAAUAAAAAAUAAACUUUUAU